UUAUCCAUUGAAAGUAACGACGCCAUCAUUGGUUGUUUUGCGAGUAUGUUCUUUAUUUUUGGUUUGGUCGAUUGUUUUGUUCUAGUGAUUGCAGUUGAGCCUCAUUCUAAAAUCAAAGGCGAUGUGGAAUCUCUGCUUAAGUUGACCCCAUGGAACUGGAAACAUAUGAACACAUCCAUCAAAGUGGAUUCCCCUAUCACUGUGGAUGUGGCCCUCACUUCUCACUAUAAACUGACAGGAAAACACCUGAACAAGUUUUUCAAGCUACAAACGCAAACGGACUGUGCCUCCAUUCUCAAAGCAAUACCCAACACAAAAGAAAGAGACGGUGUGUACACGAUAUACCCGGAUAUGAAGACCAGGAAGUUGGUGUACUGUGACAUGACCACGGACGGCGGAGGGUGGACCGUAAUUCUAAAUAGGAUGGAUGGCUCUGUUGAUUUUUACCGUUCCUGGCAGACCUACAAGGAGGGGUUUGGGAAAGCAGAUGGUGAAUACUGGUUAGGAAAUGAAGAUAUUCACUUGCUUACUACUAGGACCAAAAACGAGCUACGAAUAGAUCUUCAAAAGUUCUCCGGUGAAAAGGCUUACGCCAAGUACUCCAAUUUUUCUAUAGGAAGUGAGUCUGAAAAAUACAAGAUAGCUAUCGCAGGAUACAGCGGAAACGCUGGGUUAAAAAAACAAAAGGACUGCGCAUCCAUUCUAAAAACGAUUCCCAACACCAAAGGAAGAGACGGUGUGUACACGAUAUACCCAGAUAUGAAGACCAAGAAGUUGGUGUACUGUGAUAUGACCACGGACGGCGGAGGGUGGACUGCUUACGCCAAGUACUCCAAUUUUUCUAUAGGAAGUGAGUCUGAAAAAUACAAGAUAGCUAUCGGAGGAUACAGCGGAAACGCUGAUAGUGUAGAAUCUGUUUUAAUGAAAAGUUCAUGGACAUGGAAACACCUGAACUCGUCCUUCAAAGUGGAUUCUCCCGUCACUGUGGAUGUGUCCCUCACCUCUCACUACAGACUGACCGGGAAACACCUCAACAAGAUUCUCAGAAGAGACGGUGUGUACACGAUAUACCCGGAUAUGAAGACCAAGAAGUUGGUGUACUGUGAUAUGACCACGGACGGCGGAGGGUGGACUGUAAUUCUAAAUAGGAUGGAUGGCUCUGUUGAUUUUUACCGUUCCUGGCAGACCUACAAGGAGGGAUUUGGAAAAGCAGAUGGUGAAUACUGGCUUGGAAAUGAAGAUAUACACUUGCUUACUUCCAAGACCAAAAACAAGUUACGUGUGGACCUCCAAAGGUUCUCUGGUGAAAAGCCUUACGCCAAGUAUUCGAAAUUUUCUGUUGGGAGUGAGUCUGAAAAAUACAAGUUAACUGUUGGAGGAUACAGUGGAAAUGCUGGCAACGUGGAAUCUCGGCUUGAGUUGACCCAAUGGACCUGGAAACACCUGAACACGUCCUUCAAAGUGGAUACCCCCGUCACUGUGGAUGUGUCCCUCACCUCACACUACAGACUGACCGGGAAACACCUCAACAAGUAUCUCAGGCUAAAAAAGCAAAGAGAUUGUGCAUCCAUUCUCAAAACAAUACCUAACACAAAAGGAAGAAACGGUGUGUACACGAUAUACCCGGGUAUGAAGACCAAGAAGUUUGUGUACUGUGACAUGACCACGGACGGCGGGGGAUGGACCGUAAUUCAAAGACGUAUGGAUGGGUCUGUUGAUUUUUAUCGAUCUUGGCAAACCUAUAAAGCAGGAUUCGGGAAAGCACAAGGAGAGUAUUGGCUGGGAAAUGAUGAUAUUCAUUUGCUGACCACCAGAGCCAAACAGGAACUACGAGUGGAUCUUCAAAAAUCCUCGGGUGAUAAAGCCUACGCCAAAUAUUCCACAUUUUCUGUGGGAAGUGAGUCUCUGAAAUACAAGCUGACUGUCGGUGGAUACAAUGGAACGGCGGGGAAUAGUCUUGUAUAUCACAAUGGGAUGAAAUUUACGACAAGAGACCAGGAUAAUGACACCUGGAAAGAUAACUGCGCUGUGUCAGUUAAAGGAGGAUGGUGGUUUUAUGCUUGCUUGAAUUGUGAUCUCAAUGGACCUUAUCGGCCAUCCGCUUCAGGCACUUGGCUAUGUGUCUCCUGGUACAAAUUUGGCAAUGAAUAUCGUGGUAUGAAGACGGCAUCAAUGAUGAUCAGAUCUAAAAUUUAAUUAUUCUUGAAACGAACUUUUAAAUAAAGCACUACA